GAAGCAAUUGAAAAGAAGAACCUUUCCUGGAUUCACAAGUCACAUAAAUCUGUCUAACCAUGAAUGCGUGCAAGCUUUUAGUUUUGGCAGCAUUCUGUGUCAUAUUCCUGGUGUUAUUUGUUCAAGGAGAGAAUGAAAACGAAAUCAGCGAUACAGACGUGGAAUUGCAAGACCAUAAUCUUAGAGAAAAGAGGAGCACCUGGCGGCGUAGGAGGUAUACCCCACGUACUCGUCGUUUCCUUACCCGUCGCUUUUCCCGUUACCGCCGCCCCAGUUACCGUUACCGUUACCGUCCCCGUCCCCGUUACUGCCCAAGCUAUAAGACACUGCUGAGGAUUGUAUUGAAAAACGUAGAUUGCUUGAAUAAUAAAAUAUGCCGAUCAAAACAACAGUUAGUUUUUGGAACUCCUACACCGUCGCCUUCCUCCAGUCCGGUGAUGUCGUCAACUCCUUCAAGUUCACAAGUUGCAUCUUCGAUGCCAGCCGUAUCACCCACACCUUCCUCCAGUCCGGUAAUGUCUGUAACUCCUACGCAUUCACAAGUUGUAUCUUCGAUGCCGGCCGUAUCAGCUACACCAUCCUCUAGCAGUGCUAUGGUUUCACAGACUGUUUGCCAAGUCAACAUUUAGUCCCCGAGCAGCCAUUCCACGGGUUGUCACGCAACGUCUCCCCCUAGCGUAACAGAAGAGUUGCAUGACAUCCUGAAGGAACAUCAAGGGCCUUCAUUCAUUUUGCUAUUCAAGUGACUACGCUAGUUGUCAGCUCAAUUUUUUUCGAGAAAAGGAAGAUUGGCGUUUACAUAGGAGACAGAACUUUACAUUGAUCCUGCGUUGGCCGCAAGACUUAACUUUGAACCUUGAAUUAAAUGAACCUCAUUCAAAUGUGAUCAAUUCACUCUUAAUCUAAUGUGCCAAGUUGGUUAACCGGUGUGAAGAGUUGACACGAUUGAAUCUUUAAUAAAUAAAUUUUGUCAUCAAAGAC